AUGGUCGGAAAAGUUAGCGAGAAGGUUCUCGCCCGUGAGGGCCUAGAGAGGACCGACAACAACAUGAAGAUGUCUAGUUGGCCCGAGGCGACCCCGAUCAACCAGAAGAACUACUACACCGAUUACAUGAAGCGCGAUGACCAGAUCCUAGCUACUCGCCUGCAGAACGACGCCACUCGCGACAGACUUGUCCAGAACGCAAAGGACCGCGACCGAGCUCUCGCACGCAAUGGAAACGCGGAGGUUCCUCUUAUCAUACCCGAAAUUCACGGCGAUGAUGCCCCUUCCGAAGUUGGCGGGCUUGACCCCUCCAAAGUCAUCGUCAUCCAUCCCGGCAGCCAGAACCUCCGCAUCGGCUUCGCGAGUGAUGCGCUACCCAAGUCGAUCCCUAUGACACUGGCCAACAAAUACCCGCAGACCGAGGCUGACGCCCACGAUCCGAUCCCGCGCCGCCAGGCCGAUGCGCAGACCGCCGAUGAGCAGUAUGGCGAAGAGUGGUCCAAGAAGUUCACCAAGUGCAGUCAUGACCUCAAGAUGGAGAUGCGUGCCAACAAGCGCAAAGUUCUGCCAAAUUCCAAGGAGCUGGUUCUCAACUAUAACCGCCGCACCGAGCCGGAUGUUAUUCCUCAACACAAUGACCCGUUGCAAAUCGAAUGGACUGAUGUCAAAACCUUGGACGACCCCCAGUCGACGGCAUCAUGCUUUAUCGGCGGAGAGGCUCUGAGAGUUCCUGAUGACUCGGAUCCCAAGUUCAAACUCUGGUGGCCCAUGCGGCAUGGCUGGCUCAACGAGGAAGACUACGAAAGCGCAGAGCACCUUUUCAACGAUUUCGAAACCGUCAUCGAAAAGGCCAUUCGGCAGGACCUCGGCCUCUCCCGAAACAGCGUCUGGCCGCAGUAUAGCUGCGUCUUCGUGAUCCCCGAUCUAUAUGACAAGAAGUACGUAGAAAUGCUGCUUCGCUUUUGCAUGAUCGGCUUUGAAUUCAACAAGGUGUGCUUCAUCCAAGAGAGCAUGGCUGCCACGUUCGGUGCCGGAUAUACUCAGGCAUGUGUCGUGGAUGUUGGUGCUCAGAAGACGUCCAUCUCAUGCGUUGAGGAUGGCCUCUGCAUUGAAGACUCUCGCAUUAACCUCAAGUACGGAGGAUACGAUGUCACAGAGACGUUCAUCAAGAUGAUGCUUUACGACAACUUCCCAUACCAGGAGAUCAAUCUGCAGCGGCGCUAUGAUUUCCUGCUCGCAGAGGAGCUCAAGAUCAAGCACUGCACCAUGUCACAGGCCGACAUUUCUGUCCAGCUUGCUCAGUUUCAUCUUCGUGCACCAAAUCAGCCCACCCACAAGUACCAGUUCAAGACGUAUGACGAAGUCAUCCUAGCCCCCAUGGGCUUCUUUGACCCUGACUUGUUCGACAACGAUCACAAGCUGAAGGGCCGCCGCAAGCUCGUGGAUCGAUCCUACAACGCUUACGAGGCCGAAAUACCAGACGACCCUACAUCGGCUGCGCAGUUUGGCAUUCUGGCUCUCGUCAAGCCCUCCCUGAACGCUGCCACCGCCCCGGCCGCCCCCGCUGGCUCUGUGAACGGCAUCGGCGCAUCACAAACGGAGGUCUCCACUCCCAUGAAGGAGAAGCCACAGCCAUUCGAUAGCUUCAAACGCAGUGAGAACGGCACAAAUGGCACCCCUGGAGGUUCCAAAGCCACAUCACCGGCACCGGAAGGCGCCAGUACACCGGCUCCUGCGCCCUUCGUCUUUGGCGCAGGAAGGGAGGGCAUUAAUGGCAGCCCAGCCCCGAACGGAGGGACACCGGCGCCUAACGGAGCAGCUGCCUCGCAACCCCCUGCCGGCAUGUUCGUCGACGCGCAUGCGCGAAGCGCCAAGUCGAUUGCCGUUGAGCGUGAUGAGGUGCUUCCAAUAGCCCCUCUUGAUCUGGCUAUCCUCACAAGCAUCUAUAACGCUGCCAAGGGCGACGAGAAGAAGGUUCGUGAUCUGUUGGGCAGUAUCAUGGUUGUUGGCGGUGGCUCCAAGAUUCCUCAAUUCACAGCAGUCCUCGAGGAGAAGCUCAAGGUCCGACGUCCGGACCUGCAAGACCGCAUCCUCAUCAGUCGUAGCGCCAGAGACAUGGACGAACAGGUGGUGGUGUGGAAGGGAGCCAGUGUCUUCGCCAAGCUUCCGACGAAUGAUUCGUGGGUCACGCCGUUCGAGUUUGAGCGCCAGGACGCCCGCAUCCUGCACCACAAGGUGCUCUGGGCUUGGUAG